AUGGAUCCAGGAAACUACACAGGAAUUUCAGAGUUUCUUCUUUUGGGAUUAUCAGAGGAACCAGAACUGCAGCCCAUCAUUUUUGGGCUUUUCCUCUUUAUGUACCUGAUCACUGUGUUUGGAAACCUGCUCAUCAUUCUGACUGUCAACUCUGACUCCCACCUCCACACACCCAUGUACUUCUUCCUCUCCAACCUCUCCUUCUCUGACAUCUGUUUCACCUCCACCACCAUUCCCAAGAUGCUGUGGAACAUCCAGACUCAGAGUAAAGUGAUCACUUAUGAAGGCUGCCUCAGCCAGAUGUAUUUUUUCACUCUCUUUGUAGGAUUAGACAACUUUCUCUUGACUGUGAUGGCUUAUGACCGCUUUGUGGCCAUCUGUCAUCCACUAAACUACACGAUCAUCAUGAACUCCUGGCUCUGUGGACUGCUGGUUCUGGUGUCCUGGUUCCUGAGUGUCUUGCAUUCCACAUUACAAACCUCAAUGGUGUUGCGGCUGUCCUUCUGUAGAGUCUUAAAAAUCCCUCACUUUUUCUGUGAACUCAAACAGAUGAUACAACUUGCAUGUUCUGACACCUUUCUCAAUAACAUGGCGAUGUAUUUUGCAGUUAUGCUGCUGGCUGUUGUUCCCUUUGCAGGGAUCAUUUACUCUUACUGUAAGAUAAUUUCCUCCAUAUAUGGGAUCUCAUCAGCUCAGGGCAAGUAUAAAGCAUUUUCCACCUGUGCAUCUCACCUCUCAGUUGUCUUUUUAUUUUAUUGUACAAGUCUAGGAGUAUACCUUAGCUCUGCUGCUAACCAUGGAUCCCACUCAAGUGUAGUAGCCUCAGUCAUGUACACCGUGGCCAUGCCCAUGCUGAAUCCCUUCAUCUACAGCCUCAGGAACAAAGACGUAAAGGAGGCUUUGGUGAGAUUCUCUGGGAGGGAAGGUCUAAAAGGACCAAUUGUCCUGGGUAUGAAAAAUUGUGCAGAAUCACCAAGAACAUAG